AUUGUUUAUUACAAGAUAAACAAACUUUACAAGAUGCACGAGAAUGUAUUGAAGAUAUUGUUAAAGAAAAUUUAUUUGGUGAUAAGGCUAUUGUUAAAUAUGCUAAAAAGAAUCCUCAACUUUACAGAAACUUAUAA